AUGAAGGCUUUCAUCCUUGUAGCUGUGUUUCUCGGAGCUGUUACAGCAGACGUUAUUUUUUAUACAACCGCCGAUGAUAAUCUUAACAUGCAGGCGGUAGUAGAUGAUCCAGUGAAGCUUCAAUCCUAUGUAGACUGCUUCUUGGACAGGAAACCAUGUGAUCCUAUCCCUGCUAGUUAUAAGGAAAUCAUUCCGGACUCCAUAGAAACUGGCUGCAAAAGAUGUAAUCCAGCGCAGAAACGACUAGCAAACACGUUCUUGAUCGGUCUGAAGAAGAAAUUGCCUAAAGAGUAUCAGCGGUUCUUGGCCAAAUAUGAUCCAACUGGAAAAUUCAUAGAGAAAUUCUUGCAGAGAGUUGAGGGACACUGGUAG